AAAAUCUUGCAACUUCUUCUACGUCGCUGGAGAAGAGUAGGACCUCUGUGGAGCCGCGAGAAGGAGCGGCAGCUUCCGGAGCGUCCAAAAAGGUCAAGGACAAGCCGAGUGCCAGCACUUCUUUCGGCAGGAAGCAGCAGGAAAAAAAGCACAAACUACCAGCCUCCUCUGCUGCUUCGACGGUCACCACACGAGGGAAGAUCAGCGUCCGCGGUCAAAUGGAACAAGGCCUGCAGCUUUUGUCUUUGAAGCAAAGCGGUGCCGGGAACAAAAGCGCUGUGUGCUGCCGGCUGCUUUUGGAGCGGAUUCGCGCCUCCGUCGCCAACAGAAUGACGGUAGUGGUCAGCGGGAGCCUGCGCGUAGAUGGCGAACUACUCGGCGCGAGCUUAAGGCUGGCAGACUUGGAG